AUGAAUACUCGGAAACUGCUCACUCUUCCGUCGACGGCUUUUCCCACAGACAUGGACUGGUUUAGUAGGCAGCGGGGAAAACCAACUACCACGAUGAAUCAGAGAGGCGAUAUUUUUGUUCUGGCUACCACAGAUGGACGAGUGCAUAUCUUAAAUACCAACGGAACUGUCGAGAAAUCUGUGGAGGCUCACCAGGGCGCGGUACUUUCCAUAAAAUGGAACCAUGACGGCUCUUCCUUUGCUACCGCUGGGGAAGACGGACACAUAAAAAUGUGGUCGCAAAGUGGAAUGCUUCGUUCAACGUUGGCUAAACACGGUCUACCUAUAUAUUCUCUGGCAUGGAGUCCAGACGCUUCUCAUAUUCUGUUGGCAGCAGGGAAACAACUGGUUUUACAGCCGUUACAGACCAACAUCAAGUCAAUUACGUGGAAGGCUCACGAUGGGCUGGUGCUAAAAGUGGACUGGAAUCAAGUAACAGGUCAGAUGCUAUCUGGUGCAGAGGACUGUAAAUACAAGAUUUGGGACUCUUUCGGCCGAUUGUUAUACUGCAGCGCGCCCACUGAUAGUCCAAUCACCUCGGUCACUUGGUCACCCGAUGGUCAACUAUUUGUCGUGAGCAACUUUAAUGUGCUGCACUUGUGUGACAAACAAGGGUGGUCCUACGCAGUGCAGAACACAGAGACUGGCAGUUUGUUCAAUUUGAGAUGGUCACCGGAUGGAACACAAGUCGCUGCCGCUGGCGGGAAUGGGCGGGUGUUUGUCGCCCAGUUAACAGACCGUUGGAUGGAGUGGGAUGGCUUCGAGGCGGCUAUCAAAGACAACCGCACAGUGGAGGUCCACAACCUACGAAAUGGCGCCAUCGACCACUUGGAAUUUCCUGACCGGAUCAGUAGAAUUUCACUGAAACAUAACCAUUUGAUUGCUGUGACUACCUCACAGUGCUACAUCUACAACACGUCAAAUUUCAACACGCCGAUGAUAACCGAUUUGAGGGAGUGCAAUGUCACGCUAAUCGCGCAAUGUCCAAGAUACUUCCUGUUGGUAGACGGAACAAACAUUUACGUCUACACUUACGACGCCCGUUUGGUGUGUUCACCGAAGCAAACCAACCUUCGAACGGAUGUACAAGACGCGGAUGCACUGACUCUUUCAAAUGAAACGAUAGGCAUUAAAAACAAGCUUGAUGGGAAAGUUAUAUACUUGUUCGAAACUGAGAGCGGGAAACCGAUCGGAGACGGCAAGCCAUUUACCCACUGUAUUGAAAUUCUACAAAUAGGAUUGGACCAGUGCAGUGCGCCGCUGGAACAGCGGAUGGCGUUUAUCGACAGGAAUAGAGAUCUCUACCUGAUGUCGGUGCGUGUUUUCGGGGCCGCUAGAAAGGUGGUAAAGUUGAGCUCGAUGACGACGUCGCUGGUUUGGGCGGAAUCCUCCAACAUGUUGGCGGCCAUCACCAAUGAAAACUUGACUAUCUGGCUUCAUCCAAGCGCUGCGUUUAUAGACAAGCACCUCGCAGCGUUGACGACGCAGAUGCAUGAAACGCAAGAGGAGCUUGGCAAGCAAACGGAAUUGGUCCGCUUCACCAGAGGCCGGUUAGCGAUCCGAAGAGCCAAUGGGAGCAUGGUGUCAUUCGGAGUGCCCCCCUAUCCGGAUGAGCUGCAUCGGCUAAUUGCCGCACACAAAUGGACCGAAGCUUUGUGCCUCUGUCGCAGCGUGAACGACAAGAUGUUGUGGGCUUGUCUGGCGAUAUUCGCUAUGUGUGCAAAGGACUUGGAUACUGCAGAAGUUGCUUUUGCCGAAAUUAAUGAGGUGGAUAAAGUGGAGUAUAUACAAUACGUUAAGAAUUUACCAAGCAAAGAAAUGCAGACGGCCGAAAUACUGCUGUUGUGCGGAGAAACUCAAGACGCAGAGGGAGUUCUACUCCAAGCUGGACUCUAUUUCCGAGCAAUCAUGCUGCACCUAUGCAUGUAUAAUUGGAAUAGGGCGAUCGAAUUGGCUCAGAGUUAUAAAGUUGCACUCGACAUUGUCCUGUCCACGCGCCAGGCCUACCUAAAACAAUGCAAGCGCACAGAAACCCUGGAGAGAUACUCGCAACAAACCAACCAAAAAAUGCUUGACCCGAAGGUCUUGAGAGAGAGAAUAGAAGAGGAAUAUCAGAAAGAGGUUCAAGAAAAGUGUCGCUGAAAUGCGUUUGUGCUUCAAACUCUGGUAAUUCAUUCGGCAAAACAAAAGUAAUGCAUUUUACAUACUGAGUUUUGUCCAGAAUGUCGACUCGGAAGUACAUUCGAUGUGAAAAUCGUCAAGGAUGAUAGUCGUUGAAAUAAUGACACGAACUAAUUAAGCAGCCUACUGAUCACAUGAUGGAGGCUCGUGUAUUUUAGAAUAAAUUUCUACUGCCAU